AUGUGGAUUUUGUUGUGUAUGGGCAACAUGGCAUGUACAUCAUCGUAUCGAGGCUCAGCAGCGCUUCCCAGAGGGAAGCGUUGCUCUUCCACUUUCACGACGUGCUGUACCACGCCAAAUUGUUUGCGAAUGGUGCUGAUGGCCAUCGCUUUAGUCUUCGCAUCCCAGGUUCCGGCAUGGGCCGCGUCAAUGGUGUCUUUGGUCGAUGCGGUCCAGAAUUCCCGAGUCGGUUUGAAUGCGGAAGCGACGGAGCGAGAGAUGAAAGAGCCUUCAGAGUUACAAAGAGACGUGAGCCCAGUAACGCCUGGAGGCGAUAGCAGUUCGGACGCCGAUACCAGUCCCGGGAUUACCAGCUUCAACUUACAGAAUCUACAGGUUAUCGUGGAUGAAUUGAAGGAAGAAAGGACAGUUACAGAUGGAUCCACGAGUGGCGAAUCUAAGCAAGAGAGUGGUAACAAGGAGGGAGCGGAAACAUUGGCGACAAAGCAGAAGGUGAAGGAAUUCGUAAACAGUGAAGGCGUCGAUAUGGAGGCAUACGUGCCUGGCAGCCAAGGUGCUUACCUACAAAAGGCAUUGAAGAAGUUUUACCAUCCACAAUCUCUUCUUGAACCAAGCAAACUGAAGGCCUAUUUCUUUUUUCACAUAGGCAUCAUUGAAAACACCGGCGCAUGGCUAUCGCGUAGGUCAAAGUAUUACAGGAAAAACAUUGAACCGGCAGUGACAAAUAGUCUUAAUUUAGCCAAUACGUUCGCGGCGUCCCUCGAGAUCGUACUGGCGGAGGCGUUAACCGAGAUAGAAAACCUAGAACGACUUCGUCUGCAGACUGCUGACCGAAAGGCUUUCGAGCACGUUCGUGAAAACAAUCGACUUGGGGUCUCUGUGUCACGUCUUCGUGAGAUAACAUGGAAGCUGGAUGCGGUCCUCGGUGAGGUGUCCGGAACAAUACGAGCAUACAAGUGCCCGCCGCAAUGCGUUUCACUCAGUUGCCGGUGGACCUGUGAGAUGAAGAAAACUCUACCAGCAGAAGUUGAAUCACUUGCUGCGCUGACGACCCAUUUGGCAAGCAUCUUCGAAACUAUUCAGGAAUUCGUCGAAAAAGACGCAGACGUUGGCCUGAAGCGUGUGUUGGGGCGCACUUCCACGUUCGAACGCCGUGAGGCGGAGGAGACUUUUGAGCGACACGCAAAUGCUUUGUCAAGCAGCGUCGAAGAAUUUCAGCGGCUACUGAAGGGGACCGGAGAAAACUUGCUGCAGAUUGAUGCAAGAAUGCAAGAAUUCACCUCUCUACUAAAGAACGGGCGCAAUUGA